GUGCUACCCCUGUUGGUUCCGGAUUUCGGGUCCCGGUUUCGCCCUUCCUUAUUCCUUUUCUCGCUUUUGCUUAAUCUCUCAUCGAAUCGGAAGGUUUGCUUCGUGAGUCUGAUGCUGGCGAACACAUCAGCGGCUUUCAGGAUUUGUGGAAUGUUCCUUUGAUACCGGCGAGCGGAUCUGGUGCGGUCGUGUUGCAGAGCGAGGCAUCGGUGGAGCUGCGAGUCGAAGCUUGUCGCUUUCUGUUGGUUUCAUCGAUUUUUUCGAUAGGGUUGAAUCGUCAAACAGAGAGAGAAAGGUUGGUCAUAUUUUGGUACAUGCAUUUCCAUGAGUCCAGAAUUAAUGUCAUUCAAGCCAAAAAGGAAGACAAAGAAUGCGAGAAACAAGUACUUGAAUGCUGGCUCACUUGAUCUGUUCAGUUGCAGCAGGACUACCACCAGAAAUUCCACAGAUGUUAGUAAGAGAAAGUUAUUGUUGGAGUCUAAAAAGGGGGGAGAAACAAAUGAACUACAUCAUCAGGAGGCCGUCCAAAAUAGUAUCCUUUCUCCAAUUAAGGAGUUUCAGACAGCAGCUGAAGUUAAUAUGCUGCACAGACAGCCUCAAACACCAAAAACACCAAAAGCUGUAAAUCCCAAGGGUUUGUCAAGACUUGAGUCACUGCCUAUGGAUCUUCUGGUUAAAAUCCUGUGCUACUUGCAUCAUGAUCAGUUAGGAGCUGUUUUCCAUGUUUCCCAGCGGAUUAGAGGAGCUGUCCUUUCAGCUAGACAACAACAUUUUGACUACACUACUCCUGACAGAUCUAGGCAAGAGUUGCUUAGGACUAAAACUCCUGCUCCUACGGAGCAUUGGCAAUUCAUGAGCAUGGAAAAUGGGAGGAUCAUACAAAUGGCAAGCCCACAUACCCCAAAAGCUCCAAGACAUGGGCCUCGCCCUUCUCAUCUUCACACUAUGGACAUGAAACAGAUUUCAGCUGUUCUUUUCCAGGAAUCUUCAUUACAUGGAAGACGCAAACCUCCAGGUUUGCCCAGACCAGCUUGGAAGUCAGUGGCUCCUACCAGAGUUCUACUAUAUGAAGAUGAGCUCUGCCAGGCAGUGGCACAUAAUAAACUUCUUUGAAGCUUGUGGCAGAGUAUGACGCCCACAAGCACUAUUUUUUCUUGGUGUAGUAAUGCUAGUCUAUACUGCAGGUUUGCAGCUUGCAAACUCUGCAUUAUGUCUUCAGAAAACUAUGAAUUAGUGAUCAUAUAUGCAAGAAAUUUAUGAGCCGACACUUGAUUGUACAUAGGUCUGGAUAUUGAUCCGGCUCUCCUUUCUUCCCCUUAGAACAUGCUAACUUGCAUUUUUGGUUUUUCCUAGUACGUGUAAAAUUUACUCUAGGAAAGUUGCCUUCUCUUGUUCUAGAGGAUAUCAAUAUGAAACUUCAAUAUGUAACUUUAAAACA